AUGGCUUUUGCAACCAGUAUAAAACCAGAAGAGCCUGCGAGUUUUGGGUUUGUGACCUUUGAAGAUGAGGAAACCGUGGAGAGAGUGUGUGAACUACAUUUUCAUGAAAUCAACAAGAAAAUGGUCGAGUGCAAGAAGGCUCAGCCCAAGGAGGUGAUGCUUCCACAACAGUUGGUACGUGGUCGUGGAAUCGCCAGAGUGACUGAGGACGGGGAGAUAAUCUGGGAGCCUCUCUCUACUGACCUGGUUAUGCCAGAACUAUGUCUUGUACCGACGGCUAUGCCGACAUACCAGGCAGCUUAUGGGCGUGGUCUGCCGACGGCGUUCGCUCCCGCAGGCUAUUACUACCCAGCGUGUCUGGGCGCGGUCCCGACCUCCCUGGGUCUUACCCCGGUACACAGCGCCACCCUUGCCCUUGCUCUCGGGCGGCCUCCAAGUCUCGCAUGCCUUCGCAGCGAGCAGUCGCCGUUACCCACGGUAACCUCGUCCCCCUUACAACGAGCCAAUGAAACGCAGGCCUUAUUCACAGCCCACUUACAGGCCCUGGUGAACGCUCAGAGAUCAGGCUGUACGUUCCAACUGUCUUCAGAAACGUUGUCUGCAGGGGAGGGGCGCUGGUCCCCAGCUUGCAGUGAUGAAAUACACACGCCUGUUAGUCGCCCAAUAUUUGAGCGUAUUUACGCACAUGCGUACAGUGACAAACCUGUUUGA